AUGGCCCGGCUCUCGCUCACUUCUCGCAGCUACCGCCGGACUCCUGGGUCCCGCAGCCCGGGCAGCGGCGGCCUGGCCGGCUCUUUGUUACCAUCUGCCACCGCUUCCGGGAGCGGGCCGGCGGCCGGCGAGCACCGGGAGCCGGGCGAAGGGGGGUCACGGUCUCGGGUAGGGGGGCUCCCGAACACCGCAGCGCCAACAGCGCCGAGAGCGCUUCCUGGUUACCCCCACGGCUUCCCCCGGCUCGUGGGGGACCUUCGAUGGAGCCCGUCGCGCCCGAGUCAACUCAACUCUGCGCCGCCAGAUUAG